ACAGACGAAGUGAUCUCGCGGCGAGGAGCGCACGCGCUUACCAACGCCCACACAAUUUAUACGAACUCCGAAACCAACUGUUUAUCAUAUCGAUAAACCACCAAUUCAAACAGCUGAUGAUUUUGUUUACAUUGUGGAAAACUGUGCAAACUGUGUGUACAAAGAUUCGUAAGCGGCUAUGAUCUAAUCGCGUAUUAGUGCGUUAAUUGAUAUUAAAGUGGUUUUUAAAACGAGUUAAAAGACUAAAGUUCAGUUUUGUAUGAGGUAGUGUGUGAUUAAUGACAGUCAAAUGGGUGCUGUGAAGAGUAAACUGGCCCACUGUUGCCCACCUCAGUGUGAUUGCUGUGGGUUCCACAGAUCCGCAAGCUAUGACCUCAAGGAGCUUCCCCGACCUCCUCGACUGGACACCUCUAACGCUGAAGAUGUCGUCGACGCGACGCGGCAGGGCGUGCUCGCGGUGCAGGGAAUUGAUUUCUGUGUCGACACAAAUGGCGAGAACCACCACACGAACAAGUUUAACCUGAUGACAAGGAACGUCGACAAAUGCCUGGUGGUGCGACGAGGACAAGCCUUCAAACUAGAUAUAUUACUGAAUAGACCCUACGAUGCGAGUAGAGAUGCCGUGUCCUUUAUUUUCUACGUCGCAGAUGUUGAAUCAAGAGGACCAUCAGACGACACAUCUGCUGCAGUUCCGUUACUGGAGAAAGGUUCCGAGACCUUCGGAGCAUGGAGCGCGACGUACGAGAGUCAGGUAGACUCUCAUCUUAUGGUAGCUGUGACUCCAGCAGCGGACUGCAUUGUAGCUGCGUGGAGGCUAGAUGUAGACACAAGACUCGCUGGAGGCAGCUCUCUCAGCUACAGACAUCCCUUGCCAAUCUACGUUCUGUUCAACCCAUGGUGCUUGACAGACAGUGUUUAUAUGCCAGGUCACAGUCAUCGCGACGAAUAUGUACUAGAAGAUGGAGGUUUGAUGUUCAGAGGAGUCUACAACCGAAUCAAGCCCACACCUUGGAACUAUGCACAGUAUGAGAAAGAUAUAUUAGACUGUGCACUUUAUCUAGUCAGAGAAAUUGGAAAGGUAAAAGGACGUGCCAGAAGUGAUCCUAUUCGGACGUGCAGAGCGUUAUCUGCUGCGGUUAAUGCACAAGAUGACAAUGGUGUUAUCAUCGGCAACUGGGCAUCAGAACUGUCAGACUACAGCGGAGGCACACAUCCACUUAAAUGGGUCGGCUCCCUGGCUAUCCUGCAGAAGUAUUAUGAGAAAAAGAAGCCCGUCAAAUACGGACAGUGCUGGGUGUACGCCGGUGUUCUAACGACAAUCUGUCGAGCAUUAGGUAUUCCUUGCCGACCGGUGUCCGGAUACGAUGCAGCCCACGACAGUCAAGGAAGUCUUACGAUCGAUAUAAUUAAGGACGACCAGGGAAAUACUCUUGAGGAGUUCACUAGGGACUCUGUGUGGAAUUAUCACGUAUGGAAUGAGGUAUGGAUGGACCGUCCAGAUUUGGGCCCUGAGUACGGUGGCUGGCAAGCCUUAGACUCGACGCCUCAGGAGACAUCUGAAGAUAUGUUCCGAUGUGGACCAGCUUCACUCAGAGCCGUCAGGGAUGGUGAACUACAGAGGCCUUAUGAUGCAGCUUAUGUCUUCGCUGAAGUUAACGCUGAUAAGGUGUUAUGGAAAUAUUCUGGAGAGAUUCAGCCAUUGAAGUUGAUGGCUAGAGACACUGUAUCCAUUGGACAAAACAUUUCAACAAAAGCAAUUGGCAAAAUGGAACGAGAGGAUAUAACAGACACAUACAAGUAUCCCGAGAGAUCUCGUGAAGAACGCAUGACGAUGGAGAAGGCGCUUCGCAAGUCAGAGAGCAUCUUCGCGCGGUACUACCUGAACGAUGCCUUCAAUGACGUCACCUUUGAUUUCGAACUACACGACGAUAUCAAGAUUGGACAGAACUUCAAUGUGGUCCUACAUAUCAGAAACCGUUCAAGUUCCAACUCGCACCACGUGAAAGGUAUCCUUCGUGUGGACACAGUCACGUACACGGGAGUCACCGGCGACGGUGUGAAGAGGUCAGAGUUUGAUAUGAAACUCGAACCCGAAGGCAAGGAGCUUGUCAAGAUGCUAGUGACCUUCGACGAUUAUUAUAAGAAGCUGGUUGAUCAGGCUUCCUUCAACAUCGCCUGCCUAGCGACCAUCGUAGACAGAAACUUCGACUUUUUUGCUCAAGAUGACUUCAGAGUGCGCAAUCCUGACAUCAAGAUCAGCAUUGACGGCAAACCCGUGUCACGACAAGAGUUCACAGUUUCCGUCAAGGUGGAAAACCCAUUGCCCAUCCCACUUACAAAGGGCAAGUUCUACAUCCAAGGACCUGGACUCGAUAAACAGCUUAAGAUUGAACUUGAUGAGAACGUGGCGCCUGGUGAAUUCGCGACUGCUCAGUACAAGCUGACGCCGCCGUGGGCAGGCCGACAUCAAAUCUCUGCCAAGUUCUCGUCGAAGGAGAUGAAAGACGUUGAUGGAUUCCUGUCGUUCAUGGUUGCGUCACCGAUAGCGACCAACGGGUUACCCCCUGACACUGUUGAAAGUCAUCAAAUUUAGAUAGGUUUUAGGUUUAGAUAGGAUAUUAUGAGUAAAUGUAAAAUAUUUGUAAUGCGACAAGUUCUAGCUAGACUGUAAAAAGUAUGACAAAUAACUCUGUUGUGUGUAUCGAGUCAUUAAAGAUUAUUAUGAGAUGAAAUCCGUAAAAGAAGUAUUACGUAAUAGAAUUUUAGAUUUAUUUUCUUGAAGCAUUAUUUGCUGUUUUCCUAUUGGAAAAUUGAGAUUAUAUGUUUUUAGAAUUUAUAUUUUAUGGCCCUGGAUUCGAUAAGUGCAGUCUCAACAACGCUAUUAAGGUAUUUAUUCUGUUCCUAAUGUAAGUUGAAAUGCAUCUACUUCAUGAUAAGAAGGAAGUAACAAAGAGCUAAUCAUUCGUAUUUUAUUUAAAUAAAAAGUGUUUGUCUGUAAAUGGCUUUAUUAGUGAAUCAGCUUGAAGUACAAUAUUUUAAUUAAGAUACUUUUGUAAUAAAAUAAUAAAAAAACAUGUACCUAAGUGUAUUACCUGCAAUGAAUCUGUUCCAAUUGGUGCUCUAUUACUUUAUUAAAAUAAAAUAUUUAAACUAAAA